GGAAAUGAUAUUGUACAUUAGACUGAAAUGGCACGAUUAUCGCUUGCGUUGGAAUUCAACCAAAAUGCGACGAAUCAAGACUCGUGAACAUUUACUAGAUAAGAUAUGGAUUCCAGAUAUUCGAAUGGGCCACGUAAAAGAUAUGAAAUCAUUUCAUCGUUUUGGUGGAGUCAACAUGAAUCUCUAUCGUGAUGGAAAAGUGUACUAUAGUCAACUGGCCUUGGUGAAAGUACACUGCCCGAUGGAUUUUCGUAAAUUCCCUAUAGACACUCAAAGUUGUGAUUUGAACUUUUUAUCGUUGCGUAACGAUAGAGCAAGUGGAACUAAUAUGUUCAAUAAGUCUUGUGGUGUCCUUUGAAGCAGCCAAAGUUAAUCUCAUGAAUGUUUUGGGAAAUAUGGGGAAAAUAUUGAUUCAGAUCGACACACCCGAUGCUCAUAAAACUCUUCAGAGUAUUGGAAUAGUUUUACGAGAUGUCCUUACCAGUAAUGAAAGCCUCUUGGUGAUUGCCGAGGCACUUGACGCAAUAUUCGAAGUGUUUGCGGACAGCUCUCUCGCAGAUGAUAUUGCCACAAACAUUAAAUUGCUAUCGACAUUGGAGAAAAUUGUUCCAGCUCUUAAAUCCAGGGUGAAGAAAGAACGAUCUCAUCUUGGCGAUCGCUUGUCCAUUAUUAACACGGCCAGAACUAAUCUGGUUCGCUUCCUUCAGUAUAAGAAACAGAUAAGUUCAAAAUAAAUUGAUUUUGAUGAAACAAAAUAUAUUUUAUAUUACAUUUGCGAGAAGAUGCGUGCAUGAGAAUAAUCUGUUAAUCCAAUUUUCUUUUAUGCAUAUGCCUCUCAUAAAAAUCACAAAACGUCAUUUUUUUAUUCAAAGAUUACAUUUUGAUUGAUGAUCUCACUCAACAAUUUGCACAGGUCAAAGGAUUCUCUGUCUUUCUUUAUAAUUGGUUACAAUUCGUCUGACCUUUUGCGUUUUUUACACGAUAAUCUUGGUGUUGUAUUACUAAGUUAAGGAAGUGAGAUGUUUUCAUGUUUUUUGUAGCCUGCUCACAGUGAGCAGGCCGGUUAUUUGAAUUCCUUUGCAGUCAUGAAAUAUCUACGUAAUAUUUGUUUAAUAUCCUGUAUAUUCUUUCAAAUUUUUUUGCUACAUGUUUCUUUUGUGGUUGUCGUUUGUUCCAACGGAAAACAUAACAUGAAUUUCGAACAUUCGUAUCCGAGGCUGUAUUUCUCAAUGCAAGAUGUACCUAAACUACGAGCGCAAGCCACUUCAAGUCACUCGAAGAUUUACAAAAACUUGGCACAGCAUUUAAGCACAUUAUUUGUUGGGACGAGUCUAUUACCACCAGUUGAUGAAAGGGAAUUUAACUCGAGGUGGAACGAAUUUUAUGGAAAUAUAUUGGGAAAACUUGCAUUAUAUUGCACUCUGACCCCGGAUGAUGACAAUGCAUUAAGGGUAGCGACGCUUUUUAUGGAUAGAUUAACAUCCUAUAACUCGUGGCUGGUGACCAGUAAACCGCGUGACGAAGUACCAUUGUCACACUCGUUGCUAGGAUACGUUAUCUCGUUUGAUUUUCUUCACCAUUCCUUCACGCAGAGGCAACGUGAACGCUAUGCGGAAAAAAUAUUGAAAAUUGGAACUCAACUUUACGAGGCUUCAUUAAAAGCAUGGUGGGGGAAAGCAUUCAUUCACAAUCAUGUUGCUACAAACUAUUUGUCCCUUCUUGCCGCGGCCGUUGUCGUCAAGCCUUAUCAUCCAUCUGCUUAUUACUCGUGGCAGGAAAGAUCCGUGAGAGCACUCAACUCGACAAUGGAAAUUUUAAAGCUUGUCGUCGACGGUUCUUUUCAAGAGGGCGUUUCUUACGGAUCUUAUACAAUGAGAUCACUCACUCAAUUCGCUCUAAUCUCUCAACGUCAUUUUAAUUUUAACUUGACCUCAAAUUACUGGUUCAAAAAGCACUUAGAUUUUCUAUUGUACACCAUUAUUCCGGGAUUUGAGUUCACCGUUGGUUUCGCAGACUCGAAUCUUAACUGGGCGUAUGGUCCCGGAAGUCAACUAUAUUUUCUCGACAGUUAUGUUCUUAAAGAUGGACGAGCCAUGUGGUUGGCAAAUACGAUCAAACAUCACUCAAAAGAUGAUCUUUCCAUAACAGGAAAAUCUUUACUCACGACCGAAUAUCUUUUCUACAAUGACACGCAGAGACCGAAACCCGUGAACAAAGUUCGUAUGCACGUGUUCAGUGAUUGGGGUGUGGUAACAUUUGGUGGCGGACACACUUUACCUCGGUCAUUUCUUGCGUUUAAAUGUAGUCACGUGCACGGUCGUGCAGUCAAUAUGUUGAGACGUGCACUUAAAGAAAAAGUUGGCUUUACACCUGGGCACGAACAACCUGAUCAAGGCUCGUUUGUUUUCAUCACCAAAGAUCAAGCUGUUGUCACAGAAAGUCGUUACGCUCCCAAGUACACCUUCCUACAAAACACCUUGAUGUUUGGCCCUUCAAAAGACGGUUGUACCCCGCCUUACGUCGGCCAACUUGGCGAAUGUUUCUUAUGGCUGAAUCAUAAAAGCGAUCCUAGAACGUGGUUGGUGCGUGGAGAAAUCUUGGGCUAUUCACAUAGUAAUGAUAUCAUAUUUAUGAAUGGUGACAUGACGUCAGCCUAUGACAAAGACCUUGGAUUGUCUGCUGUUUAUCGUUCUUUGAUAUUAUUAAGAUCAAAUGUUCUGCUGAUUAUUGAUAUUGUACAUUUCCAUUCCAAUGCUAAAGUUUCCCACGUGAGUACAUUUUUUCAUAACUCACAUGAAAUGUUCACGGUAGAGAAGGAUAAAAGACCCUGUCGUGUGAAAAUCGGUCAAUACAACUUAUGCUGGGAACAUUUGAAUGGGAAAACUGACGAUAUCACGAUUCGAAAUAAAUUCUCAGUUAAAAAAAUGAGAUACGAAACGAAUUUUGUGAACAUAACAUGGAGACGUAGCGCUUCUUUCACCAGCACUGUCUAUCUAUUUCACGGUCCUGAAUAUAAUCUUUAUGAUUUUAAAAUGUCCAAAAUCGCUCAUGAUGGACUGAGUGUAGGUUUGACAUUGAAUUCACAUAAAUAUCAUGUUGUUCUCCCCACUAAAUUCAACGAUCCACUUUUGCGCGUGAAACUCUUGGAUUCGUAUAGUUUUGGAAAAGUCUAUCACAGGCAUAGAGAUGAUGUAUCUAUUUCUCAUUUGGGUUUGAACGGGAAUGCAUUGAAUAAUGACGAUAUUAAAUCACUUGAAGACCCUGAAUUAACGUCGUUAUUAUGCGCAAACCCUCUUCAUGAAUUUGGAGUUGAGAACAUUGCGAUAAUCUGCGUUCUGUUAUUGUUUCUAUGUUUGAAUUUUAAAUUUCAUUUUCAGUUUUUGAAAAGGCUCUUUGUGUUCAGCGUUUUCCUCUUCAUCAUGAUCCUAACUCAUUUGUUCUUCAGCAAUUCACCAACAAUACAUGGUUUCAAUCCUUUUCCAUGCACUCAACAAGCUCACCAUCGUAAUUUUAAAAGAAAUGUGCAAAAGAACGCUAUAUUGAUAACUGGACUGCCAUUGAGUGGUGUUGAACUAGCUCGUGAAAUAUUUACGACAAAUGUUGAUUUUAUUACCAUUGGAGUAUCUUCGAAAGGUCAACAGGAGGACGGCGAAGCUGUUAUUGAUCAUCAAAUGUACGAAAAACUUCGGCAAAAUAAUUUUGAGCUUCCGGAAGCUGCAAGGAUUACAAAGGAGUAUAUUACUCUUGCGAAUCCUUUGAAGGUUGAUAUGAAAAAUGGUAUAUUUGUUCAAAAAUCUCACAAUGCCAUCGUAGCUUUAUGUCUGGAGGAAAUAAGAUUACUGCUGAGAACUUUACCUUUGCAGAAAGUUAAACCGUUAACUCCGUUGGUGUAUGUUGUUAGAGACCCUAAAAGCUGGAUAGUAAACAUGCUCAGACGUCCAGUCGAGAUGAAUCUGUUUAUGAAAGAUUUUGAAAUGUUAAUGUCCAAUAAAACAUUCGCUCUUCCAUAUGAGCUGCAUCGUUUGGGUGGAUUCUCAAUUUCCUCUAUGAAAAAUUCAAUUGUAAUGGCUCAUAUAUGGUCAGCAGUCACUGAGCUCAUUUUAAAACUUGCUUCGAGCCUCCCUCGUGAAAUAUUCAAAAUUGUGCGGUUUGAUGACAUCGUUUUGUUGCCCAAAGCAACCGCCGGUGACGUGUACAAUUUCCUUGGUAUGCCAUUCCGACCAGCGGUGGAGCACAGGAUAGUACAGGUGACAAAGAGCGGGUUAUAUCAUUUUAAAAAAUAUGGCACUAUUGAACCCACGCUUCUAUCCUGGUCGUCAGUAUUAAGCUCCGAAGAAGUGAAGGAAAUUGAACGGAUAUGUGGAAAAACCACAAAAAUUAUUUAUGAUAGAAAUUUUCCUGGUCGUUGACGCAGUUAUACAAUAUAGAGAGAGAUAUUUAAUUAUUGAAUGACUAAUUGUUUUUGAAAGCAACAAAAACUGGUGGAGCUGCACGCACUUUUUUAAUUUUUACAUCUCGAAUGAUCUCGACUCAUUGCCGACAGAGCGUUUUCCCAACUUGAACAUACUUUGUAGAAGUAUCUCACUUGACUUAACUUGGUUGUUUUUACAUUCAUUGUAAGAGCACUAUAGAAUGUUAUUGUUGUCCAGAACAUACAAGAAGGUUAAAAGCAGGAAAAUUUUUGUGAGGGACACACACAAAAAUAUACGUUUUUAAUUUACCUCCCUUGAUGAACUCGAAACAAUUAAACACACUUUUUUUAAUAAACUAACAAGUAUUUAAUUUACUCUCUUUGUAUUCUCACGAGUAUUUCAUAAACCUCCUUAUUGGAUUCGCAAGUAGAUUUAAUGUACUUUAAUUUAUAAUAUUUCAUAUAUAGUAUUUAUUGCAGCUGGAUUUUUAUUAAAUAAUUGUUGCAGACGA